AUGGCCGAGCCGCCGGCGGCGCCGGGCCCCGAGGGAGAGGAGGGCCCGGUGCGCUUCGCCCGCAAGGGAGCCCUGCGGCAGAAGAACGUGCACGAGGUGAAGAACCACAAGUUCACGGCGCGCUUCUUCAAGCAGCCCACCUUCUGCAGCCACUGCACCGACUUCAUCUGGGGUUUCGGCAAGCAGGGCUUCCAGUGUCAAGUUUGCUGCUUCGUGGUGCACAAGCGGUGCCAUGAGUUCGUCACCUUCUCCUGCCCCGGCGCAGACAAGGGCCCAGCUUCCGACGAUCCCCGAAGCAAACACAAGUUUAAAAUCCACACAUACUCCAGCCCCACCUUCUGCGACCACUGUGGCUCGUUGCUGUAUGGCCUCAUCCACCAGGGGAUGAAAUGUGACACCUGCAUGAUGAACGUGCACAAGCGCUGCGUGAUGAACGUCCCCAGCCUGUGUGGGACCGACCACACCGAGCGCCGGGGCAGGAUAUACAUCAGGGCCGACAUCGAGAAGGACGUGCUGACUGUCGUGGUAAGAGAUGCUAAAAACCUAGUUCCCAUGGAUCCCAAUGGCUUGUCAGACCCCUACGUGAAGCUUAAACUAAUCCCUGACCCCAAAAACGAAAGCAAACAGAAGACCAAAACCAUAAAGUGCUCCCUGAACCCUGAGUGGAAUGAGACGUUCAGAUUCCAGCUGAAGGAAGCAGACAAGGACAGGCGGUUGUCAGUGGAGAUCUGGGACUGGGACCUGACCAGCAGGAACGACUUCAUGGGCUCCUUGUCCUUCGGCAUCUCCGAGCUGCAGAAGUCUGGAGUUGAUGGAUGGUUCAAGCUGCUGAGCCAGGAGGAGGGGGAGUACUUCAACGUCCCGGUGCCUCCUGAGGGUGAAGAAGGAAACGAGGAACUGAGGCAGAAAUUUGAGAGGGCCAAGAUUGGCACGGGCUCCAAGGCUGUGGAUGAGAAGACGACAAACGCCAUUUCUAAGUUUGAUAACAACGGGAGCAGAGAUCGGAUGAAGCUCUCGGAUUUCAAUUUCUUGAUGGUUCUGGGGAAAGGAAGCUUUGGGAAGGUGAUGCUGGCUGAGAGGAAGGGCACGGAUGAACUCUACGCCGUGAAGAUCCUGAAGAAGGACGUGGUCAUCCAGGACGACGACGUGGAGUGCACCAUGGUUGAGAAGCGUGUGCUGGCACUCUCUGGAAAGCCCCCAUUCCUGACCCAGCUCCAUUCCUGCUUCCAGACCAUGGAUCGCUUGUACUUUGUGAUGGAAUAUGUGAACGGUGGGGACCUGAUGUACCAGAUCCAACAGGUCGGGAGGUUUAAGGAGCCACACGCUGUAUUCUACGCAGCAGAAAUAGCCAUUGGCCUCUUCUUCCUGCAAAGCAAAGGCAUAAUUUACCGAGACCUGAAGCUGGACAACGUGAUGCUGGACAGUGAGGGGCACAUCAAGAUCGCGGACUUCGGCAUGUGCAAAGAAAACAUUUGGGAUGGGGUGACCACCAAGACCUUCUGUGGCACCCCCGACUACAUCGCACCCGAGAUAAUUGCUUAUCAGCCCUAUGGGAAGUCAGUGGACUGGUGGGCAUUUGGAGUCCUGCUCUAUGAAAUGUUGGCUGGCCAGGCUCCCUUUGAGGGAGAAGAUGAAGAUGAGCUCUUCCAGUCCAUCAUGGAACACAACGUGGCCUACCCAAAGUCCAUGUCCAAGGAGGCGGUGGCAAUCUGCAAAGGGCUCAUGACCAAGCACCCUGCCAAGCGGCUGGGCUGCGGCCCGGAGGGGGAGCGCGACAUCAAGGAGCACGCCUUCUUCCGCUACAUCGACUGGGACAAGCUGGAGCGCAAGGAGAUCCAGCCACCCUUCAAGCCAAAGGCUUGUGGACGCAAUGCUGAAAACUUCGACCGGUUUUUCACUCGCCAUCCACCCGUGUUAACACCUCCUGACCAGGAAGUCAUCAGGAACAUUGACCAGUCAGAAUUCGAAGGAUUUUCCUUUUUUAACUCUGAGUUUUUUAAACCUGAAGCCAAGAGCUAAGUAGCUGUGUAGAUCUCAUCUUCAUCAUCCAGUCCCAACUGCUGCUGUGGUGACAUUGCAUUCAUGGUUUUUCUUUAGUAAUACUACUAGAGUGACCAUAUUUCAAAGCCAGAAGUGUCUUCACAUAAUUUCGGGCAUGCCUGAAGUGUAAGUGAUGUGCAGUAAGUAAAAACAAUGUUUUUAUCGAUUUUUAUUUGUAGAAAAUGGAAAUGGUUUAUUGGCUACCAGGUAAAACGGACAGGUGUGGGCCAUGACAACUGGGAGAAAUCUCUUCAACACGUGCUUUGAUUCCUGCUCUUCCCCUUCCAAGUCCUUUAAUACGAUCGUGAACGUUCCAUCUGCAGCCUUCUGAUCUUAGUGUGAGGAAGUGUUCCCUACCAGACCUCACCCCAUAGAGCCCGGGGCUGCAGGGCAGCUGGGGGCUGUGGGGCAGCUGGGGGCAGAGCUGGCUCGCCCUCUGGGUCUUUGGUAGCAGUGGUCAAUGGCUGGGGAAGCAGCUCUGCUGUCAGCACAGAUUUCUCCUGAUUGUGCAGUUUCCAGGUAGCAAUUUUUUUAAUCGAACGAAACGUAUCCAGUUAUAAGCAGGAUAUUUUUAAAGAGCUGCUGUAGAUGCUUUCAAAUCCAUGGUCACCCUAGUAAAUAGCACACAAUGUUGGUUCUCAUAGCAAAACUUUUUUUUUUUUUUUUUUUUUUUUCGAAUGCCAAAGCAAUUGAUGGAGUUUAUUACCUGUGCUUUAAAUGUGUCAAAAACAGUAUUAACACGAAUGAGAUGCUAUUUAACAUUGAACAGUAUUGUGAAUUCUGCUGUGAAGCUUGUAAAGAGAUGUUUCCACUAAUAUCCCAAUUUUAAAAAGAAAUGUCACUGGAUAUUUAAAUCGCCUCCUUUUUGUUUCUGGCAUCAAAGACAAAGUUUCAGGAUGGAAGAAUUUCUCUUGAAACAAUAACGGCCUCACAGCUUUUUUUUUUACUGUUCUGCAGAUGUUGGUGGGCUGUCACUUUGUAUCGACUUGCUUUAAGUUGUAAUGUGCCAAUUUAUUAUUUUUUUUCCAAUACCGGUGAUGAUGAUAAUAAUAAU